UUUACUCCUCUGUUGUUGGUAACAUCGGCUGCUAGGCGGACGAGUAACCGGCGCAGUUCACGCUGGUAACAAGUAACAAGUGAAUAACGCCGCUUCCCGAUCGUGUUUUCUAAGCCGCGACGCCCCGUUGCAACGUCAUGUGAUUUCCUAACCAAUAUUCCGCAGCAGCAGCAGCAACCAGUUACACCCUGCCUGAAGAACACCUACCAGCGACGAUUAAUCCUGGAAAAUGCGAUAACAUGUCCGGCGUAUUCGAACACUCGAUAAAAGUACCGAGGCUUUACAAAACCGUUGCUAAAAUUGUACAAACUGUUAGGGAGGACGGAGCCAGCCUCAAACAGUUAGUUUAUCUCAAACAGCAUCCUAAUAUUAAAGCAUUGUAUGCCCUCGCGCUCACCAGUCUUCAGCACGCUUCUCAACUGGAUCAGCUUAUCCGUCGGACCUUGAUACUGGUAAACGAGCCCAGACUUGACCCAUGGCUAGCCAGAAUUUUGAUCACUGAAUUAUUAUGGGGAAAAAAGCAUUUGAGUUCAGAAUGCAAGCCAGUGUUAACGGUUCUUGCCUAUGAGAAAUCAUUGAAGGAUGAGCUAAAGAAUACAGAGUCAUUUGAAAAUCCUGAGAAUAAGCUAAAAGUUGAGAAGCCAAGAUAUGUCAGAGUCAAUACAUUGUCGAUGUCCGUGGAGGAGGCCAUCGAGUCUUUCAAAGAAGAGGGAUGGCGUCAAUUGCACAGGAGCAAAGAUUACGCAGAGUUUAUCGAAGCCGUGUCAAAGUUGAGCGGCAUGGCUUUCAUUCAAGACAUACACGUCCCAGAAUUGUUGAUAUUUCCACCAAAAACACAAUUCUACAACCACGCCGGCUAUACUAGCGGGUCGAUAAUCUUACAGGACAAGGCAAGCUGUUUGCCCGCUCAUCUACUCGAUGCUCGGCCAGGAUCUACUGUACUUGACAUGUGCGCCGCGCCAGGAAUGAAGACAACCCAUUUGGCCGCAAUGCUUAAUAAUAAAGGAAAGAUCUACGCGGUGGAAAUCGACAAACGAAGGUAUCAGACGCUUUGCGAAAUAGUCGCAUCGACGAACUCUCAUUGCGUAGAAACCAUCAAUGCCGAUGUAAUGACGCUGGACGCCCGACGAUGCCACGAUGUUGAAUAUAUUUUGGUUGAUCCGAGCUGCUCUGGUUCAGGAAUGCUCGACAGGCUGGACGUCGAUUCCAAUACUGAAAAAUGCGCACCUGGACGAUUAAGGAAUCUACAGUCGUUUCAGGUGAUAAUACUUCGUCAUGCUCUGCUGAAUUUUCCCAAGGCAAAGCGUAUUGUUUAUUCAACUUGUUCUCUCUAUCCCGAAGAGAACGAACAAGUCAUCGACGAUGUUAUAUCUCAGGUUGGCGAUGCGUAUAAACUGGUAUCAGCGAAAACACUUAUGAAUGAGAACUGGCUGAAUUACAGUUCGAAAGAGUAUAAUUGUAAGGAUAAUUGCUUGUACGCUAGACCCGAGACUGACUUGAGUAACGGUUUUUUCGUGGCUGUGUUUGAAAGGAAUUUUGACGCUCCGUUACCAGAAAUUAGACGCAAAAAAAGUAAACUUGGAUCCGAUACAAUCAACGGAGAGAAUGGUGUAGAGUCAAGUGAAGCUCCAUUUAGCAAGAAAGAUAAGAAAAAGAAACAGAAGCAUUCCAAUGAACAUGCGUUGAGUAAUGAAAACGGUGGCAUAGCUGUUACGCUGGAAAGUGAGGAAAUCACUGACAAUUACGAAGCAGUUAUUCAAGGAGGAACAGACGUUGUAAGCAAGAAGAAGAAAAAAAAGCGAGCAAAGGACAUUGAUGUAGCAGAGAACGAUGGCGCGGAAGAAAACUCUCAGAAUGAUUGCGACGAAGUUAACAAAACUGAAGAAACGAGUUCAAAACGAAAACACAAACACAGCGGAAGCUGUUUGGUGGAAAGCAUUGUAGAAAAUUGCGACGAGUUGUCGACGAAGAAAAAGAAAUGUAAGAAAUCGCGAACGGAAGGCAAAGAAAUCGACUCAAAUGCACUUCGAGAUGAAGAAAACGUUAAAAAGAAGGCGAAGAAGUCCAAUAAAAAACGCGAUCGCGUAGAACCUGAUGAGGAAGCGGAUAAUGAAUCGAAACACAAGGUAUCCAACGAUGCAGUUGACAAAACUGCCAAGAACGCAGACCCAGCGUCUCGUAAAAAACAUAAAAAGAGCAGAGUUUGAAUUGUUGCAGAAAGACUGUACCCAAAUAUUUUUCUGACAAUGACACAGCUUACAAUUUCCUUAUUAUCUAUAUCUUCCUUGGUAAAAACAAUU